AACGCUUCUUCUUCUUCUUCUUCUUUGUCUUCCAGUUCAGCCCCUUCCACACAACAGCGAUGGCGACAGAAACUAACCCAGAAACAGGCAAGCUGGAGUUCUUCCUGGACGUCCCCUUCCCAUCGUCCCGCGAGGCCACCAUUGCCCUGCGGUCGCUGUCCCCCGACCGGGAGCCGAGGAGAGGUGGCAUCAGCAAGCAGCUGAGCGUGUCUGGUAGCACGCUGUCUGUCAGGUGGAGCGCAGACGAAGCUCGGAUCCUCAGAGUGUCCGUCAACUCGUUCCUGGACCAUCUGUCGCUGGUUGUGGAGACCAUGGAGGACUUCGGGCCUCCCGUCGACCUGUGACUCAGGACUCAGAGAUGUUGGGUGCUCUCAGUUUUCCCUCUUGGGAAAUGAAUGGAUUCAGCAUAUUUGACAAAAGACACGUUGAACUCUGCUGGAUUUUUCAAAACAAUGGGAUCCGACUUGCAGUUUUUAAUUCAGAGAGCCAUUUCAGAGAUGCUGCUUCUCACUAAGUUGUGUCUUUCAGUGAGUAUUUAUUUUGGAUUUUCUUUUAACCAAAAAGCCCGGCGGAAAUACGAGAGGAGUUUUUGUUUGAGGUUUGAAUUAAUAUACUGGUGAAGUUCCAAAUUCCUGUGGAAUGUAUUUCAUAAAAUGUUGGACAUGGUGAGUUUUGUAAAGAUAUUUCACCAGUUUGUGAUUUCUAAAUAAAAAAAGAAAAUUCAACGUUUAGCUAUUAUUGAAGCAGUCUGCCUUGAUCAAAGGUAGAUGUUGAAUGAAAGUCAAUCCAGGGUAGACAAAAUGCUUGCCCGACUGACAAGGCAGUUGCAACUGCAAUAAAGGUGUAAUAAACCAUGCGUAAACUAACA